AAACGCUGUACACUAUUGGUUAAAACGGACAAAGCUUAUGUCGGUAUGUUCAUAUCAGUGUUAUCAGUAACAAAAUAAAUAAAAACAUUUGUAAUAUAAUAAUCAACAAUUACAAUUUAUUAAAGCGGAGUAUUAGAGUAUAUUUUAUUUUCCGGCUUUUUUUGUUGUUGUUGUUGUUGUUAUUGACGUGUUGCUUUCACUUCCGUUUUAUCCAUCAUGUCUCUUAACCGCAAGGACGAUAAAUUGAAACGCUUGCGUGCUUCUAAUAUUACUGAGGAUGAGAAGGCGUUAAUCCUACAUUGUUACAAAAGUGAAAAAAUCUUGAACAAGCUACAGGUAUGUUAAUUGUAUUAGAUAUAAGUAAUCAGUAGUAUAUCAGUAUUUCUAAGCUAGAACUAAGUAUUUAAUCUAUCAAUAAAAAGUCAGCAUAAAUCACUGUUCUGUAAUAUCAAGAAAAGUAUUAAAAUACUUUAAAAUAAUGUCUAUUGCACAGUUUAUCAAUAUUUAUAAUUUAGAUAAAAUAGAUUAGAAACAAUUUAAAUCCGGCUAUUCGAGACUAAAAUAAUGAAAAUUAGGCACACCUGAAAUAAUUAUUUAAUAUUAUUUUAAUUUGCUAGUUUUUUUUAUAGCUUAGUAUAGACCAUUCAGGUGUUUAAUUGCAACCACCACUUCCGUCCAUUUGUUUCUAUCCGUGGCUAACUCUUCGCCAUUCACUUUUCCCAGUAUGACUAGGUCUUUAUGAACUCUGUCUAUCCAUCUUUAUCUUGCACAGCCGAGUGGCCUUUUGCUCAUCGACUUCCAGCUGGUUCUCGACUUCGCCAUACACGCCCUGCACAGCUUAUCCUAUUACUUUUCAUUGUAGUUAUUAUUAAUGAAUCCUCGAACAUGACUUUAACUUUUUCAUUUUAUUGUUGCUCAUAUUAUCCCAUGUUUUGGUUUCUCCUGGGGUCAUCGGGCAUAUCCUUCCUUUGUAUUAAGUUAGUUUAGAUCUGAUUGAAACUAGUUUAGAUUUCAAUAUUAUUUUGAUUUAUUAGUUUAUUUACUUAUCUAUUUUUUUAAAUUAUAAAUUUGUUAAAAAUGAAAAACAAAACAUACACAAUUUAUUGUAAUUAAUAUUAUCAACAUAUUGAAUACAGGUAUUUCCAAUACAUUUUUUUUUAAGAUUUAAAGUUUACAUUAGAUAUAUUUACAACAUAAUUAUUUUUUUAUUUUAUUCUCCAGUAUUUAUAAUUUAUAAUAUAAUAAAUUAGGUAAAUAAACUUAAAACCACACAACUAUGUUUUUUUUUUUAUAUAUGUGGUCCAUUGAUUUAUUCAGUUAAUUUUUAUUUUCAGAUUGAUUACCAAAAAAUUUUGAUUGAAAAUUUAUUGGCCAAAAGAAAAGAAGAAAACGAGCUGUACAAAUUAAAAAGAGAAAAGCUUUUGUUAAAAAUUAAUAAGUUUAAAAAAUGAACUAGUCAAAAUCAUGUACACAUAUUGUAUAUAUAUGUAUUAUCUUUUAUAAUCAUUCUAUCACAAUAUGUGUCUUUUAAAAAGUAGUUGUUUGUUUUUUGUUAUUAUAAUAAUUCAAAUUUAACUAUUCAUUUUU